AUGGUCCAGGGUACCUUGGAGCCAGACAGUCCCCUCUGGGGCUGGGACUGGGAUGGUGACAAUGACUGGGAUAGUGCUGUGCUGGCCCUCCUGGCGCUGGCUGUGGUGGCUGCCACAGUGCUGGCCUUACACUGGUUUGGCUCCCGGAGCGAACAAGAGGUGGCAGGACCAGUGUCCACAGCCCUCGGGGCUCAACCUCAUCAGGCAGGAAGAGCUGAGCCGGCCCUGCAACCGAAGUCUGAGGUCAGUGAUGGCAGCGAGGGGCAGAGCCCAGGGCAGGGGAAGCAGGAGCCUCCAGGACGCGGCCAGCAGAGCCCUGUCCCUGCUGCAGCUCCGGGCGGGGGCCUGGCCGUCAUGGCCGCGCUUCCACUCAAGACAGCUAGCGAGGAGGCCCGUAGAGGGGUAUUGGGACAGGAGCGGGGCGGCGCCAUCCCCAUGGCCCCCCGAGCUGAAGGAAAGGAGCCUCCCAGGCCAGGCACUGCCCUCCUGGGCAAGAGCGAAGCAGGGGGGAUGUCAGCCCCCCUCCUGAUCCACUUCACCCCUCGGAGCCCUGGAAGCGAAGCGGAGGCGCAGGCGGAGGCAGGUGGUGUCAAGGCGCCCUUUUGCCAGGCCGCGGGCCCUGUGGGGCAAGAGGACACCGGCCCCUGGCAGGCGGGCGCGGGGCCCUCGGGGUCGCUGGGGAGAGGCCGGGGCCGGCGACGGCGGAUGGACGCUAGCUUGGGAGACAGAGUCCGACGCCCCCGGAAACUGGACCAGCUCCGCCUGGGCGCCGCGGGGAGCGUGUGGGACGCGGUGGAUGAGGCCGCUGCCCUGGACGCCUACGCGCGCGGCCUCCCCACAGGAUCCCCGCUCACUCAGGAGCCCGCACCCCGCGCCCGGCAGCCUGGGUCCCAGAAAGAGGGCUCUGGGGCCAAGGCUGGCGGGAGCAGGGAGGCUCCGGGGGUCCCCACCCCCGGGGGAGGCUGGCCCUGGGCCAGGAGCGAGGUCCCUGGCACCCGGAGCUCCCGCCCGGACCCAGGAUCCACGUGCCCCUGGCUGGAGAGUCCGCCUCAAGGGCUCUCACUUUUCUCUCAAGGGCCGGGGGCCACAGGGGCCUACGCUGCGGGCCAGGCCAGGGCUUACGGCUCCCGAGACGACAGUCGGAGCACUGACCUGGGGCCCAUGGCAGCAGUCUGCCGCAACCGCGCCUCCUCCCGGAGCCUUGAGCCCAGCCCGCGCUCUGCCUCCCCGCCUGCGACUCCCGGCCCGGGGGUCCCACCUGAAGCCCUGACUCUCCCGCCUCCCUCUCCUUCAGAUUCUUUGCCCCUGGGGGUUACCCAGGGUCCUUCUGUGGGAGAAAAUCUCAGAGCGGCGCCAGCCCCAAGUUCAGCCUCAGCCCAAGUCUUAACUUCAGCUCCAACCUCAGUCCUAACCCCAGCCCUAGCCUUGUGCCCAACAUCAGCACCACCCCCAGCCCCCACCUCAACCUCAUCCCCCUCCUCAGCCCCAGCCCCAGCUCCAACUUCAGCCCCAGCUACAAUUCCAGCCCUAGCCCCAGCCCUAGCCCCAGCCCCAACUCCAGCCCCAACUCCAACCCCAGCCUCAACUCCAGCCUCAGCCCCACCACUAGUCCCUACCGGUAUCUCAGCCCCAGCCCCAGUUCCAACUUCAGCGCCAACCCCAGCCCCCACCUCAGCCCCAACCCCAGCCACAUCCCCUGCCCCAGCUGGCGGGUCACAGGCUGUAUCUCAGGAGAGUGUGGCUCUCCCCAGGCGCUACGAGGAGGGUCAAGUCUCAGCCAGCUGGGGAAACCUUAUUACCAUGGUGCUUAGAAGCCACCCCUUCCCCAGGCAAGACAGGCCCCAAGGGAGUGUCCCAAGGGUGGUUCCUGGGAGUUCUGUGGAUCCCAGCACUUGCACACACUCUGAGGACAGACAUGGUUCCUCUUCUUCAGUGGGGACGGUGAUGGGGACAGGUAAAGGGGCCCUGGUUGAGGUUGGAGGUCAGCCAUGGCCAAGAAGCUCCGAAACCAAGGGCUCGCCCAGCCCAGACCCUUCCCCAGGCCUAAGAGGAGAGGGAACCAGGGAGAAGAGUCUAGACUUGCUGCCCCAAGCCGCAACACCCAGGGACUCCGUACAGUCCCCUGCGCAGAGGCCGUCUGGCCCUGCUGCCUCCCCCUCCGUGAGACACUCACAGCCGGUGCCCCAGCCACGGAAACGCAGCAGGCGUGAAAUCGCCCGGACCUCAGAGCAGGAAGUCAGGCCAGCCGCUCCAGGGGACCCCCAGGGGGAGGUGCCGGUGGAGGUGGGCAGCCCUGCUGGCUGCAGUGGGGCGCUCACAGAGAAGCAGAAGGAGGCUCGGAAACUCAUGGUGUUUCUGCAGAGGCCCGGGAGUUGGGGGGUGGUGGAAGGGUCCCGGAAGCCCAGAUUACGGGAGCUGGCGCCUACCACGGCAGCAGUCCUGAGGCGGCGGCUGGACCUGGGCAGUUGCCUGGACGUGCUGGCCUUCGCCCAGCAGCACGGGGAGACUGGCCUGGCGCAGGAAACCUACGCGCUAAUGAGCAACAACCUGCUGCGAGUGCUGGGAGACCCGCGGCUCUACCGCCAGCUGAGCGCGGCUGACCGUGAGCGCAUCGUCAGCCUGCGGACCCGCCGUGGCCAGGCGGUGCUGGGCGUCAUUGUGCUGCCCAGCCUCUACCAGGGUGGCCGGUCAGGGCUCCCCAGGGGCCCUUGUGCCGAGGAGCCUCCUGUGGCGGCCCCUGUGACCCUGCCUCCACGUACGCACCUGCACGUGUUCAACCCCCAGGAGAACACCUGGCGGCCCCUGACCCAGGUGCCCGAGGAGGCCCCGCUCCGGGGCUGCGGUCUCUGCACCAUGCACAACUACCUGUUUCUGGCGGGGGGCAUCCGUGGCUCCGGUGCCAAGGCCGUCUGCUCCAACGAGGUCUUCUGCUACAACCCUCUGACCAACAUCUGGAGCCAGGUUCGGCCCAUGCAGCAGGCCCGAGCCCAGCUCAAACUGGUGGCCCUGGAUGGGCUGCUCUACGCCAUCGGGGGCGAGUGCCUGUACAGCAUGGAGUGCUACGAUCCGCGCACAGACGCCUGGACGCCGCGCGCGCCCCUCCCCGCAGGCACCUUCCCUGUGGCCCAUGAGGCUGUGGCCUGCCGUGGGGACAUCUACGUCACCGGGGGUCACCUCUUCUACCGCCUGCUCAGGUACAGCCCCGCGAAGGAUGCCUGGGACGAGUGCCCAUACAGUGCCAGCCACCGGCGUUCCAGCGACAUCGUUGCGCUGGGGGGCUUCCUGUACCGCUUCGACUUGCUGCGGGGCAUUGGCGCUGCCGUGAUGCGCUACAACACGGUGACCGGCUCGUGGAGCAGGGCUGCCUCCUUGCCCCUGCCCACCCCCACCCCCCUGCGCUGCACCACCCUGGGCAACACCAUUUACUGCCUCAACCCCCAGGUCACUGCCACCUUCACGGUCUCUGGGGGAACUGCCCAGUUCCAGGCCAAGGAGCUGCAGCCCUUUCCCUUGGGGAGCACAGGGGUCCUCAGUCCAUUCAUCCUGACUCUGCCGCCUGAGGACAGGCUGCAGACCUCACUCUGAGUGGCAGGCAGAGAACCAGGGCUGCUUCACUGCUCUCCAGGGAGACCCUGUGGGGUGGGUCUGAGAGGCCGGGGCUCAGGGAGGGGGCUGGGAUCAGAACUUCCUGCUCUUGUUUCUGGAUGACUUUCCCCUUCUGCUUUAAAGGUUGUCAAUUAUUUUGAA